AUGGCCAAGUCCUCCAAAAAGCCGUAUUUUGGCUUCACAGGCGGCUGGCUCACCUUUUGGCUCACCGUAGCCUGUGCAACGGACAUGAUGCUGUUUGGCUACGAUCAAGGUGUUUUCAGCGGGGUCGUCGUGACCCAGGAUUUUCUAGAAACACACGACCUAAUUGGCCCCUCCAAAACUAACACUCUCGCCACUGUCACUGCAAUCUACGACAUCGGAUGCUUCAUCGGCGCAAUCAUCGCCUUCACCGUGGGCGAGCGCCUGGGGAGAAAGAAGGCGGUCCUUGCUGGAACGGCCAUCAUGGCCGUUGGUACCGUAAUUAAAGCCUCGUCAUAUAGUCUUCCACAGAUGAUCGCAGGUCGAAUUAUUCUCGGGAUCGGAAAUGGCAUCAAUACGGCCACCGCACCCAUCUGGCAGACGGAGACGGCGCAAGCCAAGUGGAGAGGCAAGUUGGUCAUCCUUGAAAUGGCGAUGAACAUUGCUGGGUUCUGCCUUGUGAACUGGCUCAACUACGGCCUGUCGUUCGUGGAUAGUUCCGUGUCCUGGCGCUUCCCUCUUGCUUUUCAGUUUGUCUUCAUCUUGAUACUUUUCGCCACGGUCCCCUGGCUCCCUGAAUCACCACGUUGGCUUAUUGCACAUGACCGUGCCGACGAAGCCACCGAGAUCAUCGGCUGCAUAGAGGCCAAGGAAGUCAGCGAUGCCUACGUGAAAGCGCAAGUCCACGAGAUCCAAUUCAGUGUCAAUUACGAGCGAGAGCAUUCCAUGAAGUGGAAGGACAUCUUUCUUCGCCGCAACAAGGGAAACGGGGACACCAAGACUCUGCGCCGCCUCCUUCUUGGCGCCAACACACAGCUAAUGCAGCAAUUCGGAGGCAUCAACAUCAUGUCGUACUACUUCCCCACGGUCCUUAUCCAGUCUGUCGGCGUCACGGAGCGGAUGGCCCGGCUGCUAUCUGCCGUCAACGCAGUCACCUAUCUUAUCUUCUCGUGUAUUGCUGUCACACUCGUUGAGAGAUGGGGUCGCAGGGGAUUGAUGCUCCUGUCAACCCUGGGACAAUUCCUGUCCUUCCUCAUCAUCACCAUCUUGCUUAGCCUCGCAGAGAGUCAGACGAAUGGAGAACCCUACGCCUCAGCCUCGAUCGCCUUCUUCUUCAUUUUCUUCAUCUCAUUUGGCCUCGGAAUGCUUGGUGUCCCUUGGCUUUACCCGACUGAAAUCAAUUCCCUUCCCAUGAGGACCAAGGGAGCUGCGUUUGCUACAGGAACGAACUGGAUCACAAAUUUCAUCAUCGUCGAAAUUACUCCAAUCGGAGUCCAGAAUCUCUCAUGGAAAUUCUGGAUUGUCUGGACAGUCACAAAUGCCCUUUUCCUACCCGUAAUCUACUUCCUGUACCCGGAGACCAGCUACCGACGUCUCGAAGACAUGGACGCGUAUUACCGAGAAAAUCCACCGCUCAUCGUCAGCGGCGACAAAGAUGCAACGAUGGCGCAGAGACCACUUAAAUACGCCCAGCGCGAAGAGGAGGAAGUGCUCCGUGAGGAAACUGGCAAAGGGGGGCUAGUUGUAGAAAAAGAUCGGGCGCAGGAGGCAUAG